UUGGCAGGGAGUAGGAUGCAGAAGUGGCCAUGAUCUGCUGUAAGUUUUUAUUCAACACAACAAGUACUGUAACAAUGGGGGAGGUAAACAUUAGCCCCUGCUUCACUCUGAUGAUGAUGACCAACCCCCAACACAAAUACACACAAUAGCCCCACUCCCAGAACACCACAAAUGCAUAUACACAACCUAAACUAACAGCAACCAACAUCAAACAAUAUUUGUUAAUAUAACUCCCUUUGUUGAAGGACACACCCAUACCCUGAGCCUUUGUGUGUGGCCGUCUGCAUAGCCACACUAUACCUUUUAAAUAUUUUACCAUUAUCAACACCCUUGGUUUCUGUAAUCACUAAUGUAAAAGAAUAUUUAUCUGUGUGUCUCUCUACAGUGCACCAUUUCACAUCAAACCAACCUUAGUCUCAACAAUUGAAUGAUGUGGGAAUUUUGAAAAAAUGGUGGAAUUCCCCUUUUAUUAUAUGUAGUAUUUGUCUAAAGGUUUGCUCACCCAACAUUUCUUCUAGUUAUGGGUAUUAAUAGAGAUUAAUAGCCUCUGCUCUUCUUACACCACAUGCUUGAACAUUGCUGUGAGGAUUUGACUGCAGUUAGCUGCUAGAGCAUUAGUAAGAUCAGGUACUAAUGCUGGAUGAUUACUUCUGGAUCACAAACGCCCCUCCAACUCAUCCCAAAUAUAUUGGAUGAAGUUCACUCACUUCAGAGAAUACAGUGCCACUGUGCCACAGCCCAAGGUGUGGGUUUCAAACACUAUGUGAAUGAUUCACUGAUGAGAUUCUUCGAGCAGUGCCAAAGAUAUGUUGAAGAUGUUGAGAACAAUAAGACUGCUUUAAAGGAGGUCGAAGUUUUUAAAUCCUCUGUGGAGAUGGAAGAAGUCCGGAGGAGAAUGGCCAGUCGCUUGCAGAUUCCACUCAGCCAAAUAACGACAGAUUUGGUCGAGGCAGCUUUCUUUCUGUGCUCUUAUGAGUUUGCAAUCAAAUCUGAGAAUUCUCCAUGGUGCAAUCUGCUGGAUGAAGUGGAUGCUGAAGUUCUAGAAUAUAAAAAUGAUCUGAAACAGUACUGGAAAAGGGCAUAUGGCCAUGACAUCAAUCGCAAAUCAAGUUGUUCCCUUUUCCAUGACCUCUUCAGGCGACUCGACCAAGCUUCAUAUGACUACAGGUUUGGAGAAGUGACCAAGGCAGUCAGCAUCCAGGUUGGCCAUGCUGAGACUCUGUUGCCUCUACUCUCUCUGAUGGGUUUCUUCAGGGAUGAAACACCACUGACUGCAGAGAACUUCUCGCAGCAGCACAACCGCAAGUUCCGCACCAGUUGGAUGGUGCCUUAUGCAGCAAACCUGCUGUUUGUCCUGUACGAGUGCAGCGAUGGAUUGCGACUCCAAUUCUUUAUCAACGAGAAGCCGAUGACUUUUCCCAAAAUAAAUCAUUCAGCUCCACUGUAUGAAACAGUCAGAAACCACCUCUCUGACCUCCUGGAUGGCUGUGAUUUUAAGAAGGAAUGUGAGCUUCCCAGAGUUAGACCAACAAAGACUGAACUAUGACUUUGAUACAGAGGGUGGGUGUGGGACUGACAAUGAAGGAAUCACAUUUUCCCUCACUGUUUUAUGUUCCUGCCACUUUUAAUGCUGUUAAAUGGUCUUUUUACCUCACAAGUGAAACAGUCCAAAUGAGAUGUGUGGUUUAUUUGUAGUUUUUUUUCCUUUAUUUAAAAGUGUCACAGUGAUUCCCAACUUUUAUUGAUUUGCCAAAUUGAUUAAGAUUUCUGAUUCUAGGGUACCAAAUAUUCUUUUUCAAGUGACUAUGAGGCAUUUUUGGAAAGUAUAUUCCUUAACUGAUGUGUUCUAUAUAUGUAUAUACAAAUGAAAAGAUUUUUGCCCAAAACUAGGAUGUUUGAUUUUCAGUUUGAUGUUUAAUCCUGCUCAGAACUUGCUUUGUAUUUAUUAUUUAUUAAAGAUUUCCACACCCUCUUAACGUUGGGUUUAGAUAUUUAACAAACACAAGUAAAAGCAAUACCAGUUGAAUACAUUUAACUCUCUUGAGGGUUUCAGGAAAAAUUUGCAUUGCUAACAAUGUUUGACACAUCUAACUCAUGUUGUUAAUGCAUAUAUAAAACUUGGGUUCUAAAUUCCAA